UCAUAUGUCACGCAAGUAUCGUUACCUGCUAUUCCUACCGUGGACUGGUAGGAGAAAUACAUUUUAGUUGAGUCAUCCAGAGUCAUCCUUGGUCAGCCGUAGUUGACCCCGGUUGGAGGUGUGUUCCGAGGAGUGUUCAUUCGCACGAAGAGUUGAACUGAACUGCAGCAGAAAAUGUCUGGUUACAAGUUGUAUUAUUUUCCUGCCCGUGGCAGGGGAGAAGCGUGUCGACUUUCCUUCGCUGCAGCGAACAUAGAGUUUGAGGAUGUUCGUUUGGAGGGUGAAGCAUGGGCCAAAGAAAAAGCAUCUGGCCGGCCGCCAUUUGGCCAAAUGCCUUUCAUGGUGACUCCAGAGGGAAAAGUUCUUGCCCAAUCUGCAACUAUGAUGAAAUACAUAUGCAAAAAAGGAGGCUUGUGCCCUGGUGACGACUAUGACGAAGGGGUGGCUGAUAUGAUUUGUGAUGGUGUUACUGAUCUCUGGAACGCCAUAAUUAAAAUGUACUACGAAAAGGAUGAAACCAAAAAGGAGGAACUCAGCAAAGAGUUCAAUGGCACCACACUUCCCGCCCGACUUGAGUAUUUCAACGCUCUGCUAAAAUGCCCUUUCUUUUUUGGUGACAAGGUAAGGUUUAAGAUUGUGUGCAGGUCUCCAUUAGUUAAUAACUUCAGAGGUCGUCUUUUUCAUUUUUUUCAGUUGACCUAUGCUGACAUUAUGUUCUUCGACUUCUUCAACAACUUUCCAGGCAAAGGUAAACUGGAAGUUCCCGAGCAGCUCAGUAAAUUCCCAAAGUUAGUGGAACAUUACAAGCAAGUGUGUGACGUUCCCGGAAUUAAGGCCUGGCUAGAAAAACGCCCAGAAACUGAGCACUGAUCAGCAGGUAUCACUGUCUAUGUUUGAAGAAACAAAAUGUACGAUUUUUAACUGUAGACAAAUAAAAGCAAACUUUUGAAGUGCUUAA